AUGACAUUGGCGAGGGAGGAAGAGAAUCUUAGCUUUGAUUUUGGUCCGCCCCCGCCGACAUUCACAGACAAACUUGAGGAGCGGAAGUAUAUCAAGGAGCGGUUGGCUUUGGCAUACAGAGUCAUUGCGAGGGAACACUUGUGCGAAGGAGCGUCAGGGCAUUUGACUUCGAGAGAUUCGGUGGAUCCUUCUUCCUUCUGGGUCGUUCCCUACGGCCUUCACUUCUCCCGCGUCAAAGCAUCCGACCUCCUCCUCGUCUCCCACUCCGGCACCGUCAUCGCCGGCGGCCAUCCCUCCCGCCAGAGCUACAACUCCGCAGCAUACAUUAUCCACUCCGCUAUCCACGCUGCCCGGCCCGACAUCAAAUCUAUCGUUCACUGCCACUCUCCCUCUGGCAAAGCUUUUUCGACUCUGGGACGUCCGUUGCCGUAUUAUACUCAGGACAGCGCGGUGUUUUACAAUGAUGUGGGGCUUUAUGGACAACAUGGGGGUGUGGUGCUUAAUAGUCAAGAGAGUAGAGAGAUAGUGAAAGCUAUGGGGGAGAAGAAGGCGGUGAUACUGCAGAACCACGGGCUGCUUACGGCUGGUGGGUGUAUUGAGAGCGCAGUGUCGUGGUUUAUGCUGUUGGAAAAUGAAUGCCGGUGCGUGUUAGCGGCGGAGGCGGCGGCUGCGAUGACUGGUCAGAAGCCGAUUAGUCUUUCACCGGAAGUAGCAGAGUUCACGUGGAGAGAAACUGGCACCGAAGCUGGUGGCAGGUUUGAAGGAAUGCCCUUUUUUGAUCUCGUUGAAGAAGAAUGUGCGGGUGCCUAUCGGGGUUGA